CAAUGAAAAGCUGCUCAGCUGUUAGAAGCGUUUGACUUUUUUUUGACUUUGAUACAUUUUCUUAAGCGCAAUUGCAAUAUAAUUUGCAAUUGCUGAAGAAACAAUGCGCGAUGUGCCGAAAUCUCUCGGUCUCUCGGUCACAACUCCAGGCGGCAGUUCGGGUGCUCCGGACAGUGGUCGCCACAACAGCUUGGAGGAGAUCAAUCUGGACCAGUUCCUGAAAACGUCCAACUACGAGGACACGGUGAAGCAGCUGGACAUCUACUAUGGCAUUGUCAAGCGUCAACUGCUGCGAUACCAGAGUCCCAUCACCGGUUUGUUUCCGGUGAUGAGCACCGACCAGGUGGUGGGAUCGGUGCGGGACAGUGUGUAUUGCGCAUCCGCCGUGUGGAGCUUGUACCAGGCGUACAGACGGAUCGACGAUGACCGCGGAAAGUCCUACGAACUGGGCCAGAGCACUGUGAAGUGCAUGCGAGGCAUUCUUGAGUGCUGGGUCAAGCAGGCAUCGCGGGUGGAGCUCUUUAAGCAGCGCCAGUCCAAUCAGCACGCACUGCAUAGCAAAUUCCAGCUGCACACCGGAGAGAAGAUAUAUCCGGAUGAGUUUUACAAUCACCUACAGAUAGAUUGCGUUUCUCUCUAUCUGUUGUUCCUCGUCCAGAUGAUAACCUCUGGCCUGCAGAUCAUUUACACCCACGACGAGGUGGCCUUUGUCCAGAAUCUAGUGUACUAUGUGGAGCGCGCCUAUCGUACGCCCGACUUUGGCAUGUGGGAGCGGGGCUCUAAAUAUAACAAUGGCACCCCGGAGAUCCAUGCCUCCUCCAUUGGCAUGGCUAAGUCCGCCUUGGAGGCCAUUAACGGGUGCAAUCUGUUCGGCGAGAAAGGAGCUUCAUGGAGCGUUGUCUAUGUGGACAUUGAUGCCCACAACCGGAAUCGCAGUAUUUUCGAAACCAUGCUGCCCAGGGAAUCAAGCUCAAAGGGAGUUGAUGCUUCACUGCUUCUCACCCUUUCUUUCCCAGCCUUUGCCUCGCAUGAAGAUCGCCUGGUGGAGCAGACCAAACAAAAUGUUGUAAAUCGUUUGCGCUGCAAAAUGGGCUUUAAGCGCUUCACCCGUGAUGGAUUCCUCAGCAAAAACGAGGACAAAUCGCGACGCUAUUAUCACUCUGGCGAGCUAAAGGAAUUCGAAGGCCUGGAAUGUGAAUGGCCGCUCUUUUUCAUAGCCAUGAUUAUCGAUGGCGUGUUCAAGAAUAACAAUGAACAAAUUGAAGAGUUCCAAAACGAUUUGAGGCGCUGUUUGCGUACUGAUGUCAAUGGAGAUCCCGUAGUGACCAUGUACUAUGCGCCGGAUGGAGAUGGCUCCUACAUGCGUGCUCCAUCGCAAUCGCUGUUCCUCUGGGGGCAGUCCUUCUUUAUCAUAGCCCAGCUGCUGACCGCAGGACUCCUACACAUCAAUGAACUGGAUCCAAUCCGCCGCUACUUGCCAAGCUAUAAUCGGCCUAGAAGGGCGGGUCGUUAUUCGGCUUUCCAGGUGAGUUGGAAUCGGGAUUCUUGGAGGGCACUAAGCGCUAUGAAGUGUUUUCUUAAAUUGUUAACCAAUGGCAAAGCAUUCUGGAUCACAAUAGGUUAAACAUCGUUAUUUCUGAAAGAUGAAAGAAGUUAAGAAACUAUGAUUUCUCCUUUUGCCAUUGGAAAGACAUUUCAUAGCGUCGGUUUAAAAGGGUUCCUACUUGCCUAUAUGGGAGUUUUCGCUUCUGCCGCCGCUGCCGCUGAUGAGUUUUGUGUGUCUGCCGUGUGUGUCUGCGUUCGAUCUCAAUUGGAAUACUUUACACAUAAGUUGUUUUUUGCCUAAGUACAUUAGAUGGGUUUAGUUUAUAAUUGGCUCUUGAUAUUUAAUUCUAUAUACAUCUAUUCAUUCUCUACUACCAACCACUACCCAAUACUACUGCUACCACACGUCUAUAUAUCCAAAAUGAUCAAAAUCAAAUCCCAAAUUGUAUUAUAAUUGGUUUCGUAAAAACAGGGCAAAGCUAUUGACGAAAAACACAAAGUAAGUAGAUGCCCUGCUGUACCAACAUAUUUUAUUGAUUUCUAAAUUCAAAAUUAUCUAAAACCUAAAUUAUGCGUAUGUGUACAAACUAAAUUUUGCUUUUUAAGACCACAGACACAUUAGCACAAAAGAUCACUACCUAGUUUACAUUGUGGCUUUUCAUGUUCGGCAAGACACACUGAUCGAAAAUAUAUAACUAUGACACGCUUUACGAUCAAAUCAAAUCACACACACCUACACUAUAGAAAUGAUUAUUUGCCUAUUUUCAGUAUAAAUUAUUAUUUCUGUAUUCCCGUUUUAUUUGUAUAUAGUGAACAAAUUCUUUUUGGUAUCUAAAUCAAAAGUUUUCUCUCUACUCUUUUCGGUUUCUUUUCCUCCUUAUAUACCUAUCAAUAUACUGCAUAUUUUGUUUAAAAAAUGAACAUAAACACACGCUCUAUAGGCUAAACCGGGCACUGUAAGUAAUUGUCACCAGAUUUUGGGUUUAUUUACGUAGUUUGCAGUUCCUAAUUUAUUAUGUAAUUAACCCAAUGGCCGCAUAAGCUUGAUUUGGCUUGAUGUUUCAAAAAGGUGCUAACAUUGGGAAUUCGCCUUAAAAUGUUCUAAAAUAUGAUCACGCCUUCCAAUGUGCAAUGCAUUCUUAAUUUCAAAUGUUUUUCGGGGCAGCGAUUACAAAUAAAAUGCCAAGAGACAGCAGCUUUGCUUGAGCCCUUAGAAAAUGUUAACAACUAAUUAACUGCCAUUGCUAAAUAUCCAUAUGCUCCUCAACUAAAAAUUCUGCAUUGUGAAUAAAGAAACCACGCAUACCUAUAAUAUUGGAUGACAAAAAGGUAAUUUUUGGGUCGAAAUUUUUUGGUUUUGACAGGCUCUCUUAAUUUUGAUAGGGAACUCUAAUCGGCAAAAAUAUAUCAAUUGGAAAUAUCCUAAAAAAAACGUAUGAUACAUUUUUCCAAAUUCAAUCCCAAAUUUACUAAUGGGGGUUUCAAAUUGUAAGAUAUUAUAAAAUUCUAAUAUUUGUUUGGCAUGUUAAUAUACUCCAACUGUUACUUAAACUCUCCCAAAUCCCGCACUCUUAUCCCUCUGCUAGUAUUUCCCUGAUCCUUUCUUCAAUUUAUGUUUACCUUUGUGUGUUUUUGCAUUUUGGCAUCUGGCUAGUACAAAUUUUCUUGUCAUGUGAUUAAAACCCAAGAAUAUUGAAUUGGCCUCAUGCAUCCUAACAUAUAAUAUUGUUCGAAAAUGCCUCUUCUCAUAAUACCUUGGUAAUCCUUACAGGGCACAGCCACUGAUCUUGUGGUGCAGAUUGUCCUGAUUGCCGAGUCCAUGCGACUGCAGGCUAUGAUGGCCACCUAUGGCAUUCAAACACAAACCCCCCAUGAGGUGGAACCUGUGCAAAUCUGGAGCUCUACAGAGCUCAUUAAAGUAUAUCAACAUCUCGGAGUUAACAACAAGGUUGGCCUGUCCGGUCGUCCAUGCAGACCGGUGGGUUCUUUGGGCACCAGCAAGGUGUAUCGCAUCUGCGGCAUGACCGUCCUCUGCUAUCCACUAAUCUUUGAGGUCUCCGACUUUUAUCUCUACCGGGACAUGGCUCUACUUAUCGAUGACAUCAAGACAGAGCUACAGUUUGUGGGCAAGUACUGGCGGCUAUCGGGCAGACCUACAGUUUGUCUGCUUAUUCGCGAGGAGCACAUGCGUGAUCCGCAGUUUAAGGAGAUGCUCGACCUGCUGGCCAUGCUCAAAAAGGGCUACUGCGAUGGCAUGAAAGUUCGCAUCGGUCGUCUACAGAAUCUGAUUAGCAGCUCGUGCAUCGAGCAUCUUGACUUUAUGAACCAAAGUGAUCUGACCGACAACGAGAAUGCGUUCUCGCAGAUAAACCAUGAGUAUAUUGGCUACCAAUCGCUAACAGAUGUGCCCAAAGCUCUGACAUAUGUGGAGGAAAAGAUUUCUGUUGCGCACUUCGAUACCAAACCCACGCCGGAUAUCAUCAACGCACUACGUAGCACGGAUUCCAUUUACUGUUUGUGCCAAUUGUGGGGUAUUAUUCUCAACCGCGAGGGUCCUCAUUUUGAGGUAAACGGUCUGAACGUAAACACGGCCUUGACGCAGCUAUACCAUCGCGCUGGUUCCUUGCGCUACUGGCGUGCCGUGCGAUACUGUUCCUCUCUUCUUCACCACAUUGUGGACUCCAUUAGUCCAUUUAUCACCACUGUGUUGGUGAAUGGCAAGGAGCUCACAGUGGGCAUCAUUGGCCAGAAGGAGACGGUAUUCGACAAGCCAAUGACGCCGGCGGAGAUUCAAAAUGUCAUGUACACGAGUGUCCAACCCUACGACGUCAUCCAGGCAGUGUUGCAGCAGGAAGUGGUUCUGUAUUGUGGCCGUUUAAUAGCCACCAAUCCAUCAAUGUUUCGUGGCAUAUUAAAAAUUCGCAUUGGUUGGGUACUGGAGGCCAUGCGCAUCUAUUUACAAAUCUCAGGACAACAGAGCAUUGAUGUUGACAACCUUUCGCCCUUCCAAGUCCGCAUACUUCUUCAGAAAGUCUUAACCGUCAGCGAAUGGGCUGUAGAAGAAAAGCUCACUACCCUACAACGUCGUCAACUGGAGGGAUGCUUGUGCCGUGUGCCAAAACAUUUUUAUAACAAAAUCUGGGAAAUCCUACAGCGAACCCCUCAAGGCAUACUGACCCAGGGGCAUCAUUUGCCAGCCACGCCCACACUAACCAACAUGAGCCGCGGCGAGUUGACCUUCAAUCUGCUGGUCGAGGAAACUCUGAUUUGCAUUGACCGUCCGGAAAGGCGUCAGAUAACCGUGGAGCUUUUGUGCAUUGUGGCCACCAUUCUUAAUCGUAACCCCGAGCUGCACUUUAAGCAAGCUCUAGACUUGGACGGCAUCUUGGCGGAAGCGUUCGCAAUGUACUGCAAGGACAACAACAUACAGCAUCAACCAAAACCAGAGCAUGAGCAGACCAAAAAUGAGGAUCUCAAGGCUUUCUAUUCGUUGCCAUAUUCCGAGACCACGGGCUAUUUGGCUCGCGCCGCGGUCAACAAGGUUUUGCAGGGUGGCAUCUUCUCCACCAAUGAAGAGGAUGUUCAGCUCGAUGGCGAUCGUUUGCACGACGACAACUGUAAGGUAUCCUAAGCCAAGGAAAUCCGGACUUAGAUUAUGUACAUAGCACAGUUUGACAUAUUUUCGUAGUACUGACCCACCAUUAGCUCGAAUGUUGUAGCUAUUUUAUUCUGUUAUUCUAAUUUAACUUGUCUCUCUCUGUGUCCCUCGCCGUUCGCCUAGUUCUUAAUUAAAUGUUAUGUAUAUUUUGUUGCAAU